GGGAGGGGUGGAGCUGGGGGCUGGGUUCUUUGAACCCUUUCGCUCAAUUAUAGCUACUCCCUUGCACACGAGGGAAGGAAGGGGAAGGAAAACAGCCCUGCUGUCUCUUCUGCUCCUGCACUGCUGGCUAGGACAACUUUCAUCCUCCGCCAACUGCGCACCCUCCUCCUCCUCCUGCUGUCCCCACUAGACCCUCACUCCUUCCCCGUCUCCUGGAAGAAGCAGAUACCCUCUAAGUCGCUGUGGAGCUCUGGAGCAUCUGAAAUGGCCUCUGUCCUGGAAGUGUCCAGUAUUGCUGAAGAUCUGCUUUGCCCCAUCUGCCUCUCCAUCUUCCAGGACCCCCACAUGCUGGCCUGUGGACACAAUUUCUGCCUGUCUUGCUUGGAGAGCUGUGUUGUCCCCAAGGGGCAGCAUCAAGGGACAUGCCCGCAAUGCCGAGAUCCCUUUGACCUUCAAGGCGCCACUCGCAACAGACUCCUGACCAGCCUGGCAGAGAAGGCCCGGCUGCUCAGGCUGGAGGAGGGGUCCCAGUCUGGCAGGGCUGGGAGCUGGUAUUUUUGUGAGGAGCAUGAGGAGCCGCUCAAGCUCUUCUGCAGCCAGGAUGAGGCCCCUGUCUGUGUGAUCUGCCGGGACCUGCCUCAGCAUCAGGGCCAUAGCUUUUUGCCGAUCAAGAACGCUGUGAAACGUUAUCAGGAUCAGCUGAAAGCCUCCCUGGAGCCCCUGGAGGAUGGUGUGAAAUGGGCCACAAAAAGUCAAUCUCGUCAGCAAGAGGCAAUAGAGGAAUUGAAGAGCUUAAGUGAACAUCUGUGUGGCUGCAUCUUCGUAGAGUUUGAGAAUCUGCGUGAGGUCCUCAACGAGAGAGAGCAAAGCAUGUUGGAAAUGGUGAGGCAGAUGAAGAUGGACAACCAGGUGGAAAUGGAAGGGAAGCUGGAGUAUUUGAAAGCACAUAUGUCCUCUCAUACUGAGACCAUCUCUGGGAUUCGAGCUGCACUCGACGAAACCAAUGAAUUUGCUUUCCUGAAGGGAGUCAAGGAACUGAUAGGACGAAUCCAGGAUCUUCUAAGGAGUGACGAAACAGAAAGUGAAUCAGGGGAGCAUGGCCAUGGGGCCAAGGAAGGCAACGAGAAAGAUAAUGAAAAUCAGACUGACUGCCAGGGGGAUGACGCCAUCAGCAAUGAUUGGGGAACUUAUGGAGAACCUCAGGACAGUAGGGAAGGUAUAUAUGAAGAUAUUGUACCUGUGGACCCAGCCAUUGGAGAGCUAGAGGAGUCACUAGAGUUUGAGACCUGGAAGGAAAUUCUGAGAACUAUCGGUACGGGUGAGACUUUUGCUCCAGAGUCAGCCUACAGCUCCCCAUCACCACCAGAGGAAGAUACAUUUGUACCUGAAGGCAGCAAUGUCUCUAUAUCUGUGGACCCAGCCAUUGGAGAACUGGAGGAGUCACUAGAGUUUGAGACCUGGAAGGAAAAUUGGAGAACUAUUGGUACGGGGGAGACUUUUGCUCCAGAGUCAGCCUGCAGUUCCUCACCACCACCAGAUGAAGCUAUGCUUCCAACUGGAGGCAGCAACGUCCCUGAGGCAGCAGGAGAAGCAGCUCCAGCAAAAUUGGGCUGCAACACAGAAGUUGGCACCACAGUACCAGGUGAAGGUUCCUGGUACUCCAGGCCUAAACAGGCUUGUGCUUUCUUUGUAGUUCAUCAACAGGCUUGGGCCAAGAAAGCUUUUGACUCAGGACAAGGAGGCUGGAGACAAAAUCAAGGCUCUGCAAAUAAAUCGUCAACCCACCACAAAGGAGGUGAAGCUUCUUCAGUAAUGAAGCAGUCUCAGAAUAGACAUCAAAUGUUCCACCGUGGAGCCCAGGGCCGUGGCCGUGGUCAGGGCCGUGGCCGUGAUCAGGGCCGUGGUCAGGGUCAGGGCCGUGGCCAGUCCCAGGGCCAGAGUCAGGGCCGUGGCCGUGGUCAGGGUCAGGCCCAGGGCCAUGGGCAGGGCCAGGGUCAGGGCCGUGGUCAGGGUCAGGGCCAUGGCCAGGGUCAGGGCCGUGGCCAGGCUCAGAGUCAAGGCCGUGGCCAGGCCCAGGGUCAGGGCCAGGGUCAGGGCCGUGGCCAGGGCCAGGGCCGUGGCCAGUCCAGUGGCCAUGGACAGGCCCGUGGCCAUGGACAGGCUCGUGGCUGUGGCCGUGGUUUUGGUUCAGCAAAAGGCCCCUGAAACAAACAUUAUUAUGGUUAUGGUUAUCAUUAUGAUUGUUUAGAUGAUUGCUGGUAAGAAUAUGAUGUGGGUCACUUCUCAACACAAACAUUUGUCUGUAUGUGCACACACAAAAAAUUCACUGGGGAUGGACUCAUCAGAUAUCCCGCAACCACACUAGGAGUUGAAGCCAUGUGCGAAAAGGCUCCAGGCAGCUGACAGGACAAAAGAAAUAGUGCUGUCCAACCGAUUUCCUGCAGAAGUGAUUGCAUUGGAGUGCUGAGAGAAGGAUCUUUCUCCAGUCCUGAAUGAAAGGGAUGACACAUUGAGAGAGCUGACUUCAGAUCUCAUCUGAGGCACGGACUGCAUAGCACAGUCAUUAUUAUAUCUCCCGGCCUCCGUUAUGAGGGUUGAAGAGUGUAGUUAAUUCAUCUAUUAGACUAAUGGAGUAGGGCAACCGACUCUGGAACGCGCUUCCUAAUGAAAUUAGAGCUUUUCCUUCUUCCUUUUUUAAGAAGGACCUGAAAACAUUCCUGUUUAGCCAGACUUUUAGUUUAUAGUUUUAAAGCUUCGGGUUUUAGAAUUUGUAUUGGUAUUUUUAGAUUGUUUUAAUUGUGUUAAUGUUUUAAUGGUUUUUAGAUUGUGAACUGCCCAGGGACUUUUUUAUACACACACACACACACACACACACACACACACACACACACGUAUUUAACAAAUAAUGCUGGUGAUUUGGGCCAUCCUAGAAAAUGCAUUUUCUCUUCCUCUCUUUUGAGUGGGAACGUGUCUUCUAAGAUGCUGCUGCCUGUGCAUCAUCUAAAAUGGAAGACUGUGUGCCUUUUGCUUCUUUGUUUUUAUUCCUGGAUACACUUAUGCAGAUGUAAUAAACUAGUUAAUUGAUGAAAGCUCAUGUGACUAAUCAACUAAGAUUCCUCUAAAUGGGUGACAUCUCUGCCAGUUGCUUCUCAGCACAAUGACCAAUAACACAAGAUUGUCUCUGAGAAUGAUAACUUGCCCAAAUGAUCAAUUAUCAGUAUUAUUUUUUCUUUUGUUGUCCAAGAUGCUUUCAGGCAGCAAACGCUGCCUGAAAUAAACAGCAGUGCUUGCUGGGGUGGGGGAGCUCCUAGUAGCCCGGGUGGGCGGGGCGCCGUGCACACGCUCUCCGGACCACAGCCAAUGGGAGAGCGCCCGCCCGCCCACUGGUGCCCAGACCGCCCGCAGCAAACCCAGCCCCUUUUGCUGCUCUUCCAUGGCGGAGGUAUUGGAGUUCCGUGUCCCGACAGGGACGGACCCUCCUAGUCCUGGGGCUGGAGAUGGAGGCAAGUGAUGCGCCAUGCUGGGAUAGGUGGCUGGGUGGGUUUCUGUUCUGUUAUUUGCGUACGGACAUAUCUGUGAGGAGAGUUUUUAAUUUGGCAAUUUUUAAUUUGGCAAAAGAUUGCAUGAGAAUUUGGGGAUAUGACAAGUUUCUGCAGGGAUUGUAUGUAUGUUGCAUUUCUUCUCUGCCCCCCUCCCCAAACUCUGUUUGUAGCUAAAUGAAAAUAUUGAUUAGUGCUUGUGGUCAUGUUUGCUGCUUCUGUAUAAUUGUAUAUUGCUUAGCCAGUGAGGAAGCUGCUUAUGCAAUAAAUAGAGAGUAAAGUUUGUCCUCAGGGUUGUUAGAUGUGACUUUUCCAAAAUGUGUUUCUUACAGCAGAAUACAAUGGGUGCCUUCAUUUUUUAUAAUUGAUGCCUCCAUGGAACAUAAUGGAUGUUCCUUUUUAAGCCCUGUAGUAGCCACCUAAUGGCGCAGCGGGGAAAUGAUUUGCCUAGCAAGCCAGAGGUUGCAGGUUUGAAUCCCCGCUAGUAUGUUUCCCAGACUAUGGGAAACACUGGUGUUUGGACGGUGUGUGUGUGUGUGUGCGCGCGCGCAAUUUCAGUGCUUGCCCUAGGUGCUAUUUUCCCUAGAUACGUCCCUGAAUACUGGGCAGAUUUUGUUCAGAAACGUUCAAUCUCAGGUGUCUCCGAGACUCCUGCCGAAAAUCUUGGAGAGCUGUGGCCACUCUGUGCAAACAGUGCUGAGAUAGAUGGACCAAUGGUCUGACUCAGUAUAAAGCAGCUUCCUAUGUUCCUAUCCUGCUAUUUUGUUUUGUUUGUGUCGUUUGAUUUCAUGCCACCAGCUCGUCUGGUAGCGUCUCAGACGCAUCUUCUCUGUGGUUGCCCCUAACUGUGGAAUCCACUUUGCUGAGAUUAGAGCUGCUCCAUUCCGGUUGACUUUUAAGAAACAACUGAAGACACACCUCUUCAGCCAAGCUUUUUAGUUAGUUAGUGUUUUUAUGGACAUUUUAAUCUGGUUUUAUGUUUUAACAGUUAUAUUCUUGGUUUGUUUUAUGCUGUAAACCACCUAGAGACUUCGGCAGUGGGUGGCAUACAAAUUUGUUAAAUAAAAUUAAUUAAAUAAAUACUUUUUAAAUGUU